AUGUCUUCAAUCGACAGUGCAUCUCAUGACUACUGGCUUCCAGGCUAUGGCCUGUCUCGCCAGAUAGUCCUUCGCCAGAUCCAGUACCAUCUGGGGCCGACUGCUACAGUGAGACCCUAUUCGUACCAUGGGCGAGAAGGCUAUCUCAUCAAUGGGCGAGAGUUGACAAAGGAACAAAUCGACGAUCUCAAACGGCAGUCGAAAGAAUAUGAGAGACAGCAGACAAUCAGGAUGGCCGGCAGGCCCAUCGCAAGCACAGAUGCCGCCGAGCCCGACAUCAACGAGCCAAUCGUGGUGACAAUCAACGGCCGGCGUUCCAGUCCAUCAUAUUCCUCCUAUUCACCAUACCAAAGAUACCGAUGA